AACUCCAAUAGCUGUUUAGGACACGAAAAAAUCUUCUUACAAGUACACCAACCCUUAAUAAUCUAAAAGUUCAACUUUUAUAUUAUUUCAGUUUUUUUUUUCUAAUUAUUCCGGCACAAGGCAUCGCUGUCGCUGAUCUUGGAGUUUGUGGGUGAUAACAAAACAUUUCCGAUCUCGAAAUGGCCUCCUCCUCCGCCAUCAGAGCAGUCCUCCGGUCGUGCUCGUCCCGUCGCUAUGCGUUUCGUCUUGCAUUGGAAGUUAAAGCAUCUCGUUCUCCAUUCCGCUUCGCCUCCAAUAAACCUCUCUCAUAUUCCACAAUCAGGUUCCCCGCGGAGUUGAGCUGUUGUGUGGAAACAAUGCUCCCAUACCAUACCGCAACUGCUUCCGCACUGAUGACUUCGAUGCUCUCCAUCUCUAGUUGCCGUUAUGGAUGGCUGCCUGAAGAUUGCAAUGAUGACGUAUAAUAAGUGUGAAGAUUGAAGCAAUCUUUAUACAGAAAUCUGCAUAGUGAGACAGUGACUGCAGAAUCAGCAGGGGCUCUGAUUGAGCCAGUGGACAGAGAAGUUAAAAACUAUAAUAACUCUGGUCAAUUGUAGCUUUUUGGUUCUCCAUUUGUGAUUUAUGAAAGACUGUAUUUGGUUUUUUUCUUUUUUUGGUCGAAGAAGGUUGUAUCUUUCAUACGGGUUCUUCAGUGCCAGAUGCCUUAAUCAUUCAUAUACAUUGAAAAUGUAUUUCAAAGGUUGCAUCUUGUUCCAUGAAGUUAUUCAGCAGAUCAUGCACAUUCAGCUAGCCAUGGUGAGAGAUGUUGUAGGUCGCUGAAGUUGUGCUUCCGAUAAAAUGACCUUCAUGACCAAUCAACAGGGAGAAAAUUCCUCUUGAGCAGCCUUCCAUUUUGGAGGAUAUUAAAUUGACUCGAAUAUCCUCUCGCCUUGCGAAUCAUUUCCGUGGACCUUGCUUGGCCCGGUCGCUGUUGGUACUUACACCCGCUCAAUUUUGCCUGUGAUUUGUUGGAAUAUUGGGAAAAAUUUUAAGUGACCAUAAGUUGUUUAACCUUGGUCUGUCAUGGAAUUUUCUUCUUUCUUUAGUAAUAAAAUUAUCCCACUUGGUGGAUAAA